GUUCGUUUGUUGGUAUCAGUCGGUUUGCAGACUUUCGCGUGUGCGGUCGAAAAAAGCAUAAACGAGGCAAGCAGAGAUAAAAAGUAAAGCUUGGAAAGAAAGGCAAAGCUGGAGAGAAAGAUAAAAAGACAAAAAACACGAACGAAAAUCUGACCAAGCCUGGGCGCGUCUUGUUGACAGUUUGAAUUAUGUGCUAAACGACUGAGAAAUACUCAAAGAAAAAUACAACACAACACAAAAAAAAAAAAAAAACAUAAACACGAGAGAGGCAUAAAAAAGAAGAGAAAUAGUUCAUAUACAACACGAAAUCGAUGCAUGUGAUUAACAUAAUUAAUGGUGAGCGAACGGGGAAAACCGGAAACUGAAUUUGACGAAACUGAAUGCCGAGAAAAUUCUUGCCACUAACAGUAAAUACGCGUUAAAGGCGCAUUUAGUUAACGUAACGAACGAACGAACGAACGUAACGUGUUCCAUCCGUGUUUGCCUGCUCAUUAACUUAUCACUGCACAAAAUUGCAUAAAGACGAGUUUUGCAAAGAGAGAGAGAACGAGAAACGAGUAGAAUAAGAAGAUGCUGCUGCUCCACUUACAUCAUUGGCCAUUAGUCUUGGCCAUCAUUUCCUGCAUUGUCGCCGCCUCAACAACAGCAACAACAACAACAACAACAUCUACGAAGACGACGACGACAACAACAUCCUCCAUACCUGGCAAAUAUCAAGCCUAUGGCAGCCAACAUCAGCCAAAGAAGCUGCGCCUUGGAUUGGGUGGACUGGGAGCUGCUGCAACGGGCAACUCCACAAGUGCCGUGAAUGUCACUGGCAAUAAACCAGUAUUCCGGCAAAAUCCGAUCAAGAAUUGGUUUGGCGUCUUUAAUCGCAAUAAUUCGCCGCCGGCUCAAGACCAAACGACGACAUGUUCUUGCAGAUGUGGGGAGCGUAACGAUGAGUCUCGAAUCGUGGGGGGCACCACAACUGGCGUCAGCGAAUAUCCCUGGAUGGCCCGACUGAGCUACUUCAAUCGAUUCUACUGCGGCGGUACGUUGAUCAACGAUCGCUACGUGCUGACGGCGGCGCACUGCGUCAAGGGCUUCAUGUGGUUCAUGAUCAAGGUGACCUUUGGCGAGCACGAUCGCUGCAAUGACAAGGAGCGCCCCGAGACGCGUUUUGUGCUGCGCGCCUUUAGCCAGAAGUUCAGUUUCUCCAACUUUGACAAUGACAUUGCGCUGCUGCGCUUAAACGAUCGCGUGCCCAUCACCAGCUUCAUUCGGCCCAUUUGUCUACCCCGUGCGGAGCAGCGUAAUGAUCUGUUUGUGGGCACACGCGCCAUUGCCACCGGCUGGGGCACGCUCAAGGAGGAUGGCAAGCCGUCGUGUCUGCUUCAGGAGGUGGAGGUGCCUGUGCUGGAUAACGAUGAGUGUGUCGCACAAACGAAUUACACACAGAAAAUGAUCACCAAGAAUAUGAUGUGCUCUGGCUAUCCAGGCGUUGGUGGGCGUGACAGCUGUCAAGGGGACUCGGGUGGUCCUCUGGUCCGUCUGCGUCCCGAUGACAAACGCUUCGAGCAGAUUGGCAUCGUCUCCUGGGGCAAUGGUUGUGCGCGACCAAAUUAUCCCGGUGUCUAUACCAGAGUCACCAAGUAUCUCGAUUGGAUUGUGGAGAACUCGCGGGACGGUUGCUUCUGCGAUGAGGAUUACUAAUGCACAUCAUUCAACUUUUAGUUUGUAGCUCUCCUAGCCUUAGCUUUUAGUCUUAUCUCUACGCACUUUUUUGUACUUGAAUGCGAAAAGAAACAUAAAUACAAAAAACAAAUCCAACACACCCAAAACAAGCUGAAUAAAACCAAUCAACGAGUUCCUUACUUUAUUGGACUGGCUACAAAAGUGAC